CUAUAUUCAUAUCAAACACUUUCCAUUAAAACUAGCAUCGUCGAGUAAGAGCAUCACAUCACAUUUAAAACAACUUUUUUUAUUUGAAUUUUAAUUUCAAUAAUAUUUUUCUGCGUAUUUAAAUUUAAAUAAUAGUAAGGUUUGUGUGAAGCAUAGAGUUAGUUAGAAGAAAUGGAAAAGGGUUUGUUAGAGAAAGAUAGAGAAGGUGAUUCAGGAAGAAACAUAACAUGGGGUUUGUUUGCUCAAGAGGUGAAAGAUGUUGGCUUUCUAGCUUUGCCUAUGAUUACUGUCACUUUGUCACAGUAUUUUCUACAGAUUAUUUCAAUGAUGAUGGUUGGUCGUUUGGGUAAACUUGCUCUUUCUAGCACUGCUAUUGCUAUCUCUCUUUGUGGUGUUUCUGGCUUCAGUCUUCUUUAUGGAAUGUCAUGUGCACUUGAAACUAUAUGUGGACAAGCUUAUGGUGCAAAGCAAUAUAAAAGAGUUGGAAUUCAAAUCUACACCGGUAUCAUUUCUCUUGUUCUUGCUUGUGUUCCCCUCUCGAUAUUAUGGCUCAACUUGGGGAAGAUACUGAGUUUACUUGGCCAAGACCCUUUGAUUUCACAAGAAGCUGGAAAAUUCGCCAUGUGCAUGAUUCCUGCUUUAUUUGCUUAUGCAACACUUCAAGCAUUGGUUAGAUACUUUCUGAUGCAAAGUUUGAUUACUCCACUUGUUAUAAGUUCUUCUGUUACACUUUGCUUCCAUGUAGCUUUUUGCUGGUUGCUAGUUUUUAAGUCUGGAUUAGGUUGCUUAGGAGCUGCGUUCUCUAUUGGUACUUCGUAUUGGUUGAAUGUGAUUAUACUUGGAUUGUAUAUGAAUUUCUCUUCUGAUUGUGAGAAAACUCGGGUUCCAAUUACUAUGGAGUCGUUCCUUGGAAUAAGAGAGUUCUUUCGCUUUGCUAUUCCUUCCGCAGGAAUGAUUUGCCUUGAAUGGUGGUCGUUUGAGCUCUUAAUCAUUCUUUCUGGUCUUCUACCAAAUCCACAGCUUGAAACUUCAGUCUUAUCCAUAUGCUUAUCGAUCAUCUCAACAUUAUAUACAAUACCAGAAGCAACUGGCUCGGCUGCAAGUACUAGAGUUUCAAAUGCAUUAGGAGCUGGAUAUCCACAAGCAGCGCGGUUGUCUGUAUAUGCUUCUAUGACUCUAGCUGUUUCCGAGGCAAUUUUGGUUAGUUCAACCAUUUUCGCUUCUCGACGGGUUGUAGGUUAUAUAUUUAGCAAUGAGCAGGAUGUGGUGGAUUACGUAACAGCUAUGGUUCCUCUGAUAAGUCUAAAUGUUAUAGUGGAUAGUUUACACGGCACACUUUCAGGUAUUGCUAGAGGAUCUGGUUGGCAGAAGUUGGGAGCAUAUGUGAAUCUUGGAGCUUAUUAUGCUUGUGGAAUUCCAAUUGCUGUUAUGUUGGGUUUCUGGUUUGAGUUGAGAGGAAAAGGACUGUGGAUUGGGAUACUUGUUGGUGCCUUCUGUCAAGCACUUUUGCUAUUCCUUAUAACAAGUUUCACUAACUGGGAAAAACAGGCAACUAGGGCAAGGGAAAGAGUAUUUGAAGGAAGUUUUGCUGAAGAAGAUAGAUUAGUUUUGAGCUAAUGGAGUGGAUUUUUCAAAGCUUACAGCUUGAUUACUUAACAUGUGUAAAGUUUAUGGCUCAAUGUGAUUAGAGUAAAAUAUCAAAUCUCGGACACUAUAUAAAGAGGAAAAAGUUUUCACACCAAGAAGGGAGUUAUUAAAUUGAUGAUAGUUUUUUUUCUUCUGGGUUCAAUUUUUGUGAGGCUCUGCAGUGUUAGUGUGUGUGAAACUUUUUAUCAUUAUUAUGAAGUAAAAGAAAUUUAACUGACAAGAAAUUUAUCAUUA